AUGUCCAAGCGCGGCGGAUCUAAUGUUGUAUUCGUAGGAAAUAUACCUUACGACAUUUCCGAGGAGCAGCUUAUAAAAGUGUUUUCAGAGGUAGGACGUGUCGUGGACUUUCGCCUCGUCAGCGAUCGCGAACAAGGCAAGUUCAAAGGAUACGGUUUUUGUGAAUACGAGGAUGCCGAAACGGCUGCGUCAGCUGUGCGUAAUUUGAACGACGUCGAAGUCGGCGGACGACCGCUGCGACUUGACUAUGCUGAUGCAGAUCCCAUGCAAGACAAUGGUCGUGGACGAACUCCGAAUGUCCAGCCAACACUGCCGGAGGGCGUUCCUAUUCCACUCGGUGUUUCAGCUACAGACGUGAUUACCCAGACGAUUGCCUCAUUACCUCCUAAUCAACUGAUGGAUAUUCUCACGCAAAUGAAGGCCCUUACUACGCAUGCGCCUGAACAAGCACGUCAUCUCCUCGUCACGAAUCCACAGCUUGCCUAUGCUAUUUUUCAUGCUAUGUUGAUGAUGAAUGUUGUGGAUCCUGUUGUCGUACAGACUGUCGUGAGUGAGACUGCCCCAGCUGCUGGAAUGCCGCCGGCAUCUAUGCACAUGGAGCCUGUCAUGACCCCUGUUCCCCCGCCACAGCCUCAUCCACCUCAGGGAUACCCCCCGAUGUCAGCACAACCUAUGCCAGCAGCACCUCCGUUGCAGGCACCACAACUCGAUGAGCAACAACGUAUGCUGCUUCAUCAAGUCCUGCAGCUAACUCCCGAGCAAAUCCAAGCACUCCCGCCUGAUCAACGCGCAGGUAUUUUGCAACUCAAGGCGCAGUUCGGACAGUGA